GGGGGACAAUGGGUCGCGUCGCAUGGGGAAGAUGCGCCGGUGUGUUGGAGAGGAUGUCUGGGGUCAGUAAGAUGAUGCGCACCUUGAUGAAAUUAUCUCUUACGUUGUCUCUUUGCAGUCGACAUGAGCUGCACUCGAUUGGAAGAGAGGUAGUAGUGUAUCAAAGAAAGAGAAGGAAGUUGAGUGUAGCAAGGAGGUCUGCUGCUGCUGUGGCUGGAAGUCGCGGGAAAAUUCAAAAGUGGCCAGCACAGCAACUACGCGACAUACAAGACACCAACAUCUACAUCUUAGACUACAACUGCCGGCCCUCUGCAUCGUAGACACCCAAUCAACCAUGCAAUUCGCCCAAUUGGCUGCGCCCAUCCUCCUCUGCCUCCAAGCAGCUCAGGCCGCAGUCCUCGCCAUCGACUACGGCACAGGAUGGACAAAGGCUGCCCUUGUCAAGCCAGGCAUCCCCUUAGAGAUCGUCCUGACCAAAGACACAAAGCGUAAAGAGCAGUCCGUCAUCGCAUUCAAGCAGCAGGAGCGGCUGUAUGGUGGUGACGCAGCCGCACUCGCAGCAAGGUACCCAGAAGCUACCUUCUUCAACCUCAAGAACCUUCUUGGGCAGACUCUCACCAGUGAGGCCGCUGUGCGUCAUGCCCAGCUGUAUCCAGCCAACAAGAUGCAGGCCAGUAGUAGAGGGACCGUGGCAUUCGAGGUCGGCGACACAAGCUACACAGUCGAAGAGCUCGUCGCCAUGCAGCUCAAAAACAUUCGCAAGAAUGCAGAGCUCAUGGCAUCAGAGAAGGUCAAAGAUGCCGUGCUCACCGUCCCUCCUCACUUCACCCAGGAUCAACGUCUCGCCCUCAUUGAAGCUGCUCAACUCGCUGGUCUACGACCACUUGAACUCGUCACGGAUGGAACCGCCGUCAUUAUUGACUAUGCCAAGGCACGGCCCUUCAAUGCCUCGCAGAUGCACCUCGUGUACGACAUGGGCUCCGGCUCCACCUCAGCAACACUCGUCAGGCUUUCAGGAAUCUCUGUCAAGGAUACGGCCAAGAAGAACAAGACCAUCACCUAUGCGCAAGUGCUGAGCUUAGGGGCUGAAUUGAACAAUGGUGGCAACAUGCUUGACCAGCGUCUCUAUGAGCAUCUCGUCUCCAAAUUUGAUGAACUCCACAGCCAGCAAGCCGGAAGUAAGCUCGCCACCAAUCCACGCGGACUAGCCAGACUCAUGAAGGAAGCGACAAAAGUCAAGCAGAUCCUAUCCGCCAACAACGAAGCCAUGGCCUCUGUUGAAUCACUCCAUGGCGAUGUUGACUUCCGAUACAAAGUGACGCGCGCCGUGCUCGAAGAGCUCACAGCCGACCUCGUUCCGCUUGUUGCGAAUCCCAUCACGGAAGCCUUCAAGGCUGCUGGCGUCACGCAUGAAGAUGUAGACUCCAUCAUCAUCCAUGGUGGUGCGGCCCGAGUGCCCUUCAUCAAGACGGCGCUUGCUAGCGUUGCACCGGAAGAGAAGCUUGCUCGUAAUGUCAACUCCGAUGAGGCAGCCGUCAUGGGCGCCGUCUUUCGUGGCGCAGGUCUCAGUGGACAAUUCAGGGUGAAGGAGCUGGUUGUCUCUGACCAAACUGCCUUUGACUUCCAGUACAGCCUCGACGGCAAGCUUUUCAGUCUCUUCCCGCGCGGGACCGCUUAUGGUACGGAACGAAAUGUUUCUUUGACGGGUCGUACAUCAGAUGCAGAGCUCGAGCUGGUUUACUCUUACAAUCAACAAAAGGCGCAGCAAGGGUUUGCCAAGAUUUCUCUGACUGGUCGCCAAAAGGCAGUCGAAUCAAUGCCAAGCGAGUGUCUCAAAGUCGAAAUCAGCGCCACCUUCAAGCUCGACCACUCUGGUAUUGUUCGACUGAGCACGGUGCAGGCACAUUGCGAGUAUGAAGAAAAACCCGGCAUGGCAGACAAGGUCAAAGGUUGGUUUGGCGGUAAGGACUCAACCAGCACAACAGCCGCAAAAGGAAAAAAGACAGAGGUUCCCGAAGUUGCUAAACGUGUCAUCAAGACGGCUGCCAUUUCCAGCACUGUCCAAUACAGUCAAGGCUGGACCUCGGAUGCUCAAGCUCUUCAGCUGUCUCUCGCCAAGAUUGGAAAGCUCGACAGCCUGGACAGUGACCGUGUGGCUCGUGAGAGCGCUCGUAACUCACUCGAAGCACAUGUCUACCGCGUGCGUGAUUUGCUCGACAGCGAGUCCUUCUUGACCUCCUCAACCCCAGACGAGCAGAGCAACUUGCAAAAACUCGCUGCUGAAGCAAACGAGUGGAUGUAUGGAGAUGGUGAGAAUGCUUCCCUCGAGGAUCUUGACAAGAAGCGAUAUGGCCUAUCGAGCAUCAUCGAUGCCAUCACGUCUCGCCGAGAAGAAGCCGCCAAGCGGCCCGAAAGCAUUGACGCUUUGCAAAAGCAAAUCGACAGCGCUCGCAAAUUUGUCAAGGGCCAGAAGGUGGAGAUUGACAAGUAUGCAACGGCAAAGAAGGAGUACGACGUCAAGGUUGCUGAACAAGCUGUAGCUGAUGCUGCGUCUUCCGAGGCUGCAGAGGGUGAGCCUGCUCCAGCAGCCUCAACAGAGGAGGAAGACUCUUUGGAGGACAGUGCAGCUGAUGCAAGCAAGACUGGUAGCGCUGACCCGAAAGAGUCGGCCAAACCAAAGCUGGAAGCACCCAUGGAGCCAUUGUAUGAUCUCGUUGAUUUUGUGCCGCUCGAGAAGCUGCUAGAUGAAAAGGAGGCGUGGCUCAAGGCCCAGACUGCUGAGCAAGCGAAGCUCACCGCUACCGAAGACCCGGUGCUGCUCGUCCGUGACUUGGACUCGGCAAAGGCUGAAGUCAGCGAAGAGAUGAUGGCGCUUAUUCAAAAAGUGACUUACAAGUUCCAACAACGUCGAACGCCACCGAAAAAAUCCAAGGCGAGCAAGACCAAGUCUAGCAAGCCCACUGCCACGCCAAAGAAGGCUGAAGAGCCAGUUGCUGGUGAUUCGCCUUUGCCAGCUGACGAGCCUCAAGCCAAAGAGGCAGUUCCGGAGCCUGAGCCUGAAGCAACCCCUGCUGCAGAGAAUGUUCGGGAUGAGCUCUAGCAUUUAAAAUAGAUAACGAUAGAAUCAAUGGUCUGGUUAUAUUGUCUCAUUGCUAUUACCAGACGUAUGCAUAGCUAUAGAUUGAUUGCCAGAACACAAAGAGCUGUAGAAGUAUUGUUCUACAGGCAGAUGAACUUGUUUGAUUUCAUGAAUGCAAAGAAAUGAUGCAG